AUACUGAUACUUGCUCUUCAGAUCAGUCAUCAUGUCAAGCCAAACAAACCCAAGCACCCCGAGCACAACACAAAAAGCAAGAGACUUUUUGGCAGAGCCGAUGGGUGACAAAGCAGUGACAGACUUGCCUGGAAUCGGUGAUAAAAGCGGAGGAAAGCUUGCGGAUGCAGGAAUAGAUUCGGCGUCGAAGGUGUAUGGUGAAUAUCUUGUUGCUGGGGGAAAUCAGGACACGUUCGUGGAAACUUUGAAGGACAAAAGUGACAUCCGUGACCGGGAGGCUAACACGUGCUUCAAAGCUCUGGAUGAAUAUCAUAAGAACUUUUCCUGAGCUGUAGCUGAUCUACUUCUUCUCAUGCGCUUGGCCUGGUCCAUUGCAUGAAAAACAAUUUCUCGUAAUAUCCACAGCGAGAAUGUUCACAUUUUAGCCAUGCUUAUUCAUAUCAAUACAAUCUGUCAGAAAACGGAAUAAAAUUGCUGGGCACUAAAAGUAAAGCAACUUCUUUAUUCAUAUGGUUUUGAUCAUGUUUGUAAUAGUCAAGGAGUAAAGCAUAUUGGUUUUAUUGAUAACUUUAAAACAAGAUGUAUUGAUAUAGAUAACCAACAAUGGUCUAGCAGUUUAAGAACUUACUAAAAACUUUCUUUUUAUUCUUGUAUUAAGCAAUAUAAUGUAUUUAAAAAUUAUCUAGAUUGUAUUCCAGUAAGUGCCUUUCGUACUGCUUUGAGUAAAUUUAGAUGUUCUGGUCAUACUUUGCUAAUUGAAAAUGGAAGGAAGUACAAUUUACCUAGAGCUAAGAGACUAUGUCCAUUUUGUGUAAGACCUGAAGUGGAAUCUGAAUAUCAUUUUUGUUUACAAUGUCCUUACUAUGACAGUUUGAGACGUAAGGUUCUACCUUAUUAUUUUUACACAAAUGUAACUUUUGAUAAAUUUGUAACACUCUGUACAUCUAAAACCCCAUGCACAAUUAAUGCUUUAGCUAAAAUUAUAUUUCUUGCUUUUAAAAAGCGUAAUAACUUUCUCAUUGGCGCUGAAAUUGUCUGAUAUCAUGUGUUGUAUAAUUGGCCAGUGGCCCCUUUACUGAAAUAAAGCUCUCUCUCUCAGAA